AUCCAUUAUCUUCAUCGCACUCUCUUACCUCAUAAACCAAUCACUUCUCUACAGUCUCUACAUUUUACAGCAACAUUGCCGCUGCGUCUCUUUACUUCUGAUACCCAAAAUCGUUCCCAAACAAUCAACUCGCAUAUUUAACAGCCCACCAAAAUGCACGUCCGCGCCGUUCUCAUUCUCGCACUUGGCGCCGUCGCCUCCGCCCAGCAGUUCGUGGACUUCCCCACCAGCUUGACCUGCAAGACUGGCGCUGGCGGCAAAGAAACUGCCACCAUUUCAAAGAUCGAAGCUCAGGAUGCCGUAAAGGGCCCCAACGGAACCAAGCAGGACGACUCUGCCGCCAACGUUGCUUCUGGCAAGUGCGUCAACCUCUCUGGCGUACCCUUCUACGGAGGCGGUGUGUCUGGCAAGGGCAGCAUCUACUUCGCUUAUGACAAGGCGAAGGACACAUACUACUUCUGCUCGGCGCAAGGAGCUGUUGACGAGUCAGGAUGGCCCUCUUCUUGCACGGAGAACUAA